GCCCAUCAGUACACAGGUCAACAACAACUUUCAACAUUAUGCCGGGGAUUUUCUUCACUCACAGCAACCCUAGUGCUCUUAAAGAGGCUGACAAAAAAACAGAAGAAAUGACUCCAAAAAAGAAAAAUUUUGUGGAUCUUAAAAACUACCUGAAAUCUCUGUUGCCCCAUCUUGAGUCAAACAUUAAGCCAGCAAACACAGAAAAAAAUGGCCUUACUCCUGAUGAGAUUAUCCAAUGGUCCAUGUCUUUGGAAAAACUCCUUUCCAACCCAGUUGGACAAGCUGUCUUUCAAGAUUUUUUAAAGUCAGAGUUUAGUGAGGAGAACAUUGAAUUCUGGCUGGCGUGUGAAGACUACAAAAGAACAAGGGCCUCAGAUGAAUUACGCAGCAAAGCUGACAUUAUUUAUCAGGAAUUUAUACAGCCAGAUGCUAAUAAACAAGUUAACAUUGACUUCAUCACUAGAAAUUUAGUUACCAGCCAACUCCUUGAACCAAGUCCAAAUGUUUUUAAUGAAGCCCAGAAAAUGAUAUAUGUUCUCAUGGAAAGAGAUUCCUAUCCAAGAUUUUUGAAAUCAGAAAUAUUUUUGAACUUUGCUGAACGGUUCCAAGGAAAUUGUGCUCGAGGAUGAAUAGCAAAAAAAAUGGAAUGCAACGUCACAAACAAUAAAUCAGUGUAGAACUUUCUACAUUAAAAAGGAGACUACAGCAGAGCUGUCCCAGGAAGUCUAGUGUGCCUCAGCUGUGAACAAAGAUCUAAGGGAGGAGUUGGAACCAGGAAACCAGGACCAUUGCAUGUAAGAUGAUAAAAAAAGAAAACUUCUACUAAAGAAAUGUGGGUCACCACUAGCAAUCAGAUGUUUUUUUAGAGACGUUUUGGGAUUUCUAAUGAGAAAUUUUCAUCAUCAAGUAAAGUAAAAACAUGAACAAAUGUACUCUCAACAGAGUACCAAGCAAAUGGCUGUUUGAUUUCUACUUUACAAAAAGACUUUAUGCAAUGGUAAAGUGCAAUGUAUUAAUAUGUUAAACCAUAUGGGUUACUAAAAAGAAAAAAAUGUGCAUAUGAACUAUGUAUGUAGCAAACUUAUCACAUGUAUAAUGUAAAUAUUUUAUACUAUUUUAAACUGGGAUGAUUUUGCAUCUUGAUAUUACUAUUGUUGAUAUUUUAUUAUAUUUUAGUUAACAAAUGUUAUAAUGUUAAAUAUUCAUUUCAUGUCAAUAUUGAACAGCAUAUUUUUUCAUUUAAUAUGGCUUAAUGUUGCUUUAUUUAAAGUGUAUGUUUACAUUGUACAUUAAUUUAUAAAUUAUAUAUAUAUUUAUAUUAAAACAUAUUAAACUUCAAUUUCAUA